UCAUUUAAAACAUCCGAAUCUUUGGACGCCAUGCAGAGGGAACACUUCCAGGAGAUUCCCGAUCGGAGUAGCAACAUUUCCACCAGCUUCAUGUGGGGAUGGGAUUCCAGCCAGACUUCUGAACUCCCCUCAGGUAUGAGGGUGUGCUCCCUGGAGGAGGAGGAGGUGGACUGGGAGAACAUACCUCAGGAACUGCUUUCGAGCCUGGGUCACCCGCGGCGCCCCCCGCGAAAACGACAGAAGAGCACAGGGAAUGACAAAGAUUUUGUGAUCGUCCACAGUCCUAAGCUAAAUCAAAAAAGCUUUCCAGAUGUUCCGUGGGAUUUCCUUCCAGAUGAGCUGCUCUUGGGGAUCUUUUCCUAUUUAUGCCUCCCUGAACUCCUACAAGUCUCUGGUGUGUGUAAGAGAUGGUAUAGCCUGGCGUUUGAUGAAUCUCUAUGGCAUUCCUUAGACCUCACAGGUAAAAAUCUGCACCCUGAUGUGAUUGGACGGUUGCUGUCUAUAGGGGUGAUUGCCUUCCGCUGCCCACGAUCAUAUAUGGACCAACCAUUAGUUGAGCAUUUCAGCACUUUUCGUGUAAAGCACAUGGACUUGUCGAACGCUGUAAUAGAUGUGAUUACUCUCCAAGGCAUUUUGUCUCAGUGCUCCAAGUUGCAGAAUCUAAGCCUGGAAGGCCUACAGCUUUCAGAUCCCAUUGUCAAUAAUCUCGCGCACAACUCAAAUCUAGCACGACUAAACCUCAGUGGAUGUUUUGGAUUCACUGAAUCUGCCCUGAUGACUCUGCUAAGCAGCUGUUCCAGACUGGAUGAGCUGAACCUCUCUUGGUGUUAUGACUUCACUGAAAAGCACGUGCAAGUCGCUGUGGCACAUGUAUCAGAGACCAUCACUCAGCUGAAUCUUAGCGGCUACCGAAAUAGUCUACGGAGAUCAGACGUCUCCAUCUUAGUUAGAAGAUGCCCCAAUCUUGUCCACCUCGACUUAAGUGAUAGUGUCAUGCUAAAGAAUGACUGCUGUCAGGAAUUUCACCAGCUCAACUACCUCCAGCACCUAUCACUCAGUCGAUGCUAUGACAUCAUACCUGAAACUUUACUUGAACUUGGAAAAAUUCCUACACUGAAAACACUACAAGUUUUUGGAAUUGUGCCAGACAGUACCCUUCAACUGUUAAAGGAGGCCCUUCCUCAUCUACGGAUUAAUUGUUCUUACUUUACUACCAUCGCCAGGCCAACUAUUGGGAAAAAGAAACAGGAGAUGUGGGGCAUCAAAUGUCGACUGAGGCUGUACAAGUCCCGUUGUCUAUGA